CGUACUAUGGGCCGUCAUCAAAGAAAUGGCGACUUGCGUGAACGAACACAAUGACAACAAACUUUAAAAAUCGGCUAACAAAACGAAUAGACAAGAUAAAUAAUGGUGCAGGACGAUUUAUAAUGACCGACCGGAAAAAGCAUGAAGCUCCCACUGCUUCACGUGAGUUCAGUGAAAUGUGGAAUCAUGCACUUUCUAAAAACAGACCGAGAUCGAACAAAUCAAGGAAUAAAACAAAACAUACCCAACUAUCACCAUGCGUUAACUCUUCAAGUCCCCCCAAAGUUUUGGAGACCCCCAGAUGCAGAGGAAGACUAGGAUACAGCAACUUGAAUAGUGGAGAUUCCCCUGGUGAUGGAGAAAUGGUGCAUGACAUCAUAUGGGACUCCACAUCACCUUCUGGAAACAAUGGGAAAGGGCCCGGAGAAACUAAAGUUGUCAAGAUCUCAGACAUUGUCAAUCGCAUUGUUCCAAAGGAUACCAAACCUACCAGUGUUGAGUCAGCCUUAUUACAGUGGAUUGGGGACAGUGCUGUCCCUUGUACCCCUGAAGCGCGUCCACCAAGUGUCAAGAGGAAAUCAACACGGCAAAGCAAUGUGGAGGACCUCAUGAAACUGGCCAAGCAAUUUGACAUCAGUAUGCACCAGCAAGACAAAGAGAGCCUUGAACAAAGAAACAACACCCUCAAUAACCUCAGCAAACACAACACAGCAGCCGGCCGCUCGUCCGGUGAGAUUAUUCCUGCCGUUUGCGUGGAGGAACGCGGAAGUCUGUCCUCCAGGUCCCAGCAAGCGGAGGAGGAGCUACACGCUCUGUUUGACGGGCCGACUCAGCGAAUUAGCGGCCGUCUGAGUCAGGGUUCAUCUGCGUCCUCGUAUUCACAAGACAUUAAGGGUCAACCUGGGGUUUCCCAUCUCGCCACCCACAGGUCAGAGGUCAAGUCUGGUCCUGUACCAUGUCCCGGUGACGUGGACGGGAUUUUCAAAGGUGCGUCAGUCAAAGCGGACGAUUUUGACGAUGAUUGGGAGAAUGAUGACCUCCUCAAUGACUCAAAUGUGCUUGAGAUGAACUCUGAGCCACAGGCGGAAGUGGCACCCAAACCCAGCUCACAAACAUGCACUAUCAAAAAUUGCCUUGCUACAGAAUCUCUUCCAGCCAUAACUACAUGUAGGUCUACACGUGUGCACUGUCCUGAUCAGGUGUCCAUUGUACACCCUCAAGCCAGCAGAAGCAACCUUACAGGGCUGUGUCCCAAACCAAAGACUACCAACCGAAGCACUUUCAAGCUAGACCCCAAUCCCUACUUCCAGGGCAAGAUGUCUGCCACCAGAGAAGUACCCAAAACGUGCCUUACUCUAGUAAAACCCCAGCCUACAACUCAAAGGCUUGAUCGGGGCUGCCCUACAGCCACGCCAGGCUCUUCUUUCGCAGUGACUUCAGACCAGCGGACAGAGAACUCUCUAAAGGACGUCUCAGACGUGGACUUUAAGUCCCUUUUCGACUCUGAGUCCCAGUGGGACGAGGGGGAUGAUGAUGAACUGUUGUACCAGGUGUGUGACAACGUGGAGAGGAUCUCCUACAGUCAGCCAGAGUCCGUGACCAGCUCUGACGGCCGGAAACAAUUGGACGAAAUCAAGCGAAAAAUGUCCACGCCCGUAAUCAUUGAUAUAGAUCGGUCUGUGAACAGAGGGUCAUGCAGCUACGUCCGUUCUAACUCUGCACCGGGAACCAGCAUCCCAACUGAGAACUUCCAAUUAUGGAACGUUCCAUAUCAAGCUGCCAACCAUUCCAUUGUGACUCAGAGCCACUCAGGUGGUGGGGUGGGCAUGUUCACCCAGGCUACUAGUGCUCCUGGUGGGGGAUCAAUAAGCCAUGGGACCUGUGCAACCUUCCAGUCUGUGGACAAUAAGACAACUAUGCAGCCACAUACAGUCUCGGCCAGGAACCCCAACUCCCAUCAUGCAUCAUUCAAGAGACAUCUGUCCGACUCUGCAACCAUGAACAACAAAGUUUUUGUCACAAGUGGCAUGGCGGGGAAGUGUUCUGCGCUGGAGAUUGAGAGGAAGAAGCAGGAGGCGAUAGCCAGGAGAAGAACACGGAUGCAGACCCACAACCCAGGAGGAGCAUCGUGUUGAUGGUGCGUUGGGCCAGACCCAGAUACUACUGAGUAUGAUUGCUAACCAUGAGUUGGUUGUUUACAUCUUUCUCUGGCCUAAUGCUAAUAACGAAUUAGUUGGUAAAUGGCUUUCAUUUGUGUGGGGCCAAAGUGUCUGCAGUAUUACAUAGUUAGAGACUUUUAGUUUGGGAAAAGAUGUUCACAAAAUAAAAAAAAAUGGGCUGUCCUGUUUUUAAAGUUAUUUGUACAAUGUUGUAAUCGAAGACUUUCAUGGAAAGUGUUCCAUUCGCAGAGAGUAAAUCUACAGUAUUACAUGUACCUGAACCUGCAUUUAGACUUUAAAAUAGUGUUUAUCUGAUUUAGUACUUGAAUCACGUGUUACAACGGAGCAAAACACAACUGUUUUCAAUGUCUCUUAUUUGUGUUGUUCUUCACUAUGCUUUGUAUCUUCAUUUUGUUCUAAAAUAGCACUGGCCAUAAAGAAGGCCAAGCUAAAGACUGUAUCAUGCCACUCCCUAGCCACAGUAGGAAUAGUCUGCACCUUUGUUAUUGUCUAGCUAAUAUGCUAUGCUAUUAA